CCCGCGUGACGUCACGCCGCGUCGCGUCGCGGUGCCUGUGGUAGCGACGCCGCCGGUUAGUCGGUGGGUGAAGAGGGAAGAUGGAUGCAGCAACUCUUACCUACGAUACUCUCAGGUUUGCUGAAUUUGAAGAUUUCCCUGAGACUACAGAGCCUGUCUGGAUAUUGGGUAGAAAAUACACCAUCUUCACAGAAAAAGAAGAGAUCCUUUCAGAUGUGACUUCUCGGCUUUGGUUCACAUACAGGAAAAAUUUUCCAGCCAUUGGGGGGACGGGCCCAACCUCAGACACUGGCUGGGGCUGCAUGUUGCGCUGUGGGCAGAUGAUCUUUGCUCAGGCCCUAGUCUGCAGGCACCUAGGCAGAGACUGGAGAUGGAAGCGGGGGAGGAGGCAGAUGGACAGCUACUUCCGUGUUCUCAACGCCUUCACUGACAAGAAGGACAGCUGGUACUCCAUCCACCAGAUAGCUCAAAUGGGAGUCGGAGAGGGCAAAUCUAUAGGCCAGUGGUACGGACCAAACACAGUCGCACAAGUACUCAAAAAGCUCCGUGUUACUAGUAUUGAAAUUUUCUCAUGGAUCCACAACUCUGAUCAUGGAAUGUCUGAGAGCUCAGUUCAAGCAGCAUGGGCUUCGAUGCUGUUGAGGAAACUUGCUGUUUUUGAUACAUGGAGUUCAUUGGCCGUCCACAUAGCAAUGGACAACACUGUGGUGAUGGAGGAGAUAAGGAGGUUGUGCAAGGCCAAUUCUGCACGCCCAGAUGCUGCUGCAUUUCCUCCAGACUCAGAACUGCUCUCUAAUGGGUACCCCACGGGAGCUGAGGUCACUGACCAGCUGUCACAGUGGAAACCUCUAGUGCUGCUGAUCCCUCUCCGCCUUGGGCUCACCGAUAUCAAUGAAGCUUACACGGAAACCCUAAAGCACUGUUUUAUGAUGCCCCAGUCCCUGGGAGUAAUUGGAGGGAAGCCUAACAGUGCUCACUACUUCAUUGGAUAUGUAGGGGAGGAGCUGAUUUACCUGGACCCACAUACGACUCAGCCCGCCGUGGAGCUGGCCGAAGGUGGCGCUUUCCCCGACGAGACCUUCCACUGCCAGCACCCUCCGUGCCGGAUGAACAUCGGGGAGCUGGACCCCUCCAUCGCCGUGGGAUUUUUCUGCAAGACUGAGGAAGACUUCAGUGAUUGGUGCCAACAAGUCAAAAAGUUAUCUCGAAUCCCAGGAGCCCUGCCGAUGUUUGAGCUGGUCGAGCGGCAGCCUUCACACUUCUCGUGCCCAGACGUUCUCAACCUCUCACUAGACUCUUCCGACGUAGAGAGACUGGAAAGGUUUUUUGAUUCGGAAGAUGAAGACUUUGAAAUUUUGUCCCUUUGAAAAGGCUGGGAAACUGACUUGCCUGAUCUGUGUUGCGUGGGGGGUGGGGGGUGGGGAGGGAAGCCCCUCUGAGAGCCCGGCUCGGCAGUUUUCACCGGCGCUUGAUGACAUCCCAGUGUCCCAUCCAUCCCGGUGUGCGUGCAGCCUUGGAGCAGAGGGGGCGUUGUCUGCAUUCUGUCCUUGGAUCAAGAAUAUGUUUUCAUGGAAGCCUUAAUGCUUGGAGUCAGGAUCCUCAGCACAGGAGAUGGAGACCACGGUGACGCCUCGAUGUGUGAGAGGAGCAGAGCCAAGGCCGUGAAGUGCGUCGGGCCUGGGCGGGGUCUCCUCUCUCCCCGGCUGCGCUCGCGUUCCCCCUCCUAAUGCUCUGAGCUUUGGUUUGCUUUGGAUGUCAGUUCCUCAUUUUAGCUACGCAGCAGGAGCGCAGUGGAUUGGACGUCCCUCACGCGGACUCACGCGUCUGAAGCCGCGCAGAGCGUGUCAUGCCUGGAGUUCACCUGCUGUUCCACAGCGUGAUGCUGCUCUUGCUUUAUGUGCAGUGCUUUCUUGCAGACACAGAAUUGUCUUUCUCAGUCUUCUUUAAGCUCUGUCCUACUCCUUCAUUAUUUUUAAGGGCUAUCCUCGGGGGUGGGAAUUGGACUGACUGAAUUUUAUUAUACCAAGGUUUCUCAUUUAAAAAAAAAAAGUCAGAAUUGGCUAUUUAAGACCACUAAACACACACACACACACACACACAUGCGCGCGCGCGCGCACAUGCACACUCCAAAACAAAACCUUGAUAGUUGUGGACAGUAUUUAAAAAAAGAGAAAACAAGAGUGGUUUCUGUCCCUCGCAAGCUGAGCGUGACCUUGAGGUCAUAGAUACAGAAGGGGUAAAUUUUCUGAGUGGUUGAUGCUGUCCUCGAAAGAACUCCAGGUGUGUCCGUGUCUUCAGUAAUACUGCAUCACCAUCAAAGAGCUAGGGCAGCGCAGCAGGCUGUGUUUCUGUCAGGGGGAUGAGAUUAAGAAAGAAACCUGUUUCUCCCAUGGCACCAAGAGUCAAACUCUGGCCUCUGACAGGCAAGAACAUUAGCAGAAAGUCUUUGAGAAGAUGUGUCCUACCAGGGCAGGUUUCCGACAUCGGGAGUGUGGAAAGGCUUGAAGGAGAAAGAGGCAGGCUAAGUUGUGUGAUUUGCCCACUCCUCAUAAGUCAUGGCCAACAAACAGGAAUUCCUCUGUGGUUUCUGAGCUCUGUGAGAUAUUACUCAUGGUGGUCUUGGCUUGAUGCUGUUUUCAACUGAACAGUUUGGAGCUUAGGAGUCUGGUGCAGUGAUAAUCUUAGAAACCAAUGGCAAGUCCCUGUCGUAGUUACCCAGGCCAGCCUGGGACGUUCUCUAGGCCCUGCUCAGAAACGGCCUGUUUGGUUUUUUCCUGUCGUUCUCAUCUGCACCGCAUACAAAUUCAAACCAUUUUAGUCCUUAACUGACUGCCUCUACAGCCUCGCUUCGGUAUAAAGCUGCCGUUUGUCAAAUGUUGUCAAUUCUUUAGGAAAUGUUUAAAGAAGGGGAGGGAUCUUUGUGGGCCAUGUGUUAAUCAUGCAUAUAGAGAAUAUGGGGGAAGUGGGUCUUCUAUGAGGAAAAAUCACUUUUACUAUACUGUGUUCCUUAGGAAAGAGAAAUCAGUAUUUGCAAAAGUGCUAAGUGCCCACGUUUGUCACUUUUUGACUCCUGCUUCUGUCCUGGGCAAGUAAAGGGGAGAAGAUUGUUAGGAAACACCUGAAUGUUCAGUUCCACGAUGGCAAGGGAAAUGGAUUCAGAGUGCCAUCCUGAAGAGACUCCACGGCACCCUGCCGACGUCUAGAAGAAACAAACUACUCCGUUUCCCUCUUUUCCUUUUCUUAAUCCAUUCCUUGUCUUUCACGUAUAUUUGGGGGUGGGGAAGGAGAGUGGGGACAAUUCUCCAUUUAGUGCUUUAUGUUUUUAUCUGAAUAAAUAACUGACAAGCUUCUUAAAAGCC